UUUAUCACAUAUUCUGCGGGUCUCUAAACUGAUCUGAUCUCUGCUUUGUGAGGAUAGUGGAUGGAUCUCUCUCUCUCUCUCUCUCUCUCUCUCUCUCUCUCUCUCUCUCUCUCUUAGAAUAAACUAAAAAUCCCUAUAAUAAAGGACCGGAGCGUCUCUGCGGUCAUCACUGAAGAUGCCAUGCUGAACAGGAAAUGUGCCACUUUUUCACUAAAGCGAGAUUUUUUCAUCCACAUCCUUGCACUGACUCUUGACAUUGACCACUGCGGAUUAACACCCAGCAGGAAGAUCUGCACCAAGUCAUCUAGAAAACAAAACGCGUUUUAUUAACCACAAGCGGACCAUAAAUUUGGCCUGGUUGAGCCGCCGUAGAAAUGGGAGACAGCAUGUCGAAGAGGUUAAAGCUGGUGACAGGUUCCGAGUCUGAGAUGGAGGAGCGUUCGUUUCCUAAUCCUUUCCCAGACUGGGACCAUGGAGUCCUCUCUUCUUCACACACAGCAGCUAAUAGCAGCACCGGAGACACUUUUGAUCCGAAUGGAAAGAUCACAGAGGCCUUCCAGAAGAAAGUCCAGAAUAAGAUCAAAGAUCUACUCCAGCAGAUGGAAGAGGGACUUAAGACUGCAGACCCGCAUGACUUCUCCACCUACACCGGCUGGACAGGAAUCGCCUUGCUGUAUCUGCAGCUGCAUCGUGUGAGUGGUGAUUCCUCUUACCUGCAGCGCUCUCUGGAUUAUGUCAAGCGUGCGCUGCGUAACCUGAAUGGCCGGAAAGUCACUUUUCUGUGUGGUGACGCUGGACCGUUGGCCGUCGCUGCCGUCGUCCACCAUAGACUAAAGAACCAGGCUGACUCAAAGGAGUGCCUCAGCAAGCUGCUUCAGCUCCAGCGGUCAGUCAUCAGUCCAGAUGAGAUCCCAGAUGAGCUGCUGUACGGCCGUGCUGGAUACUUGUAUGCUUUACUCUACGUCAACAAAGAGAUCGGCCCAGAAACGGUGGACGAGAACAUCAUCGCUAAGGUUGUGACAGCCAUCCUGGAGUCAGGGAAGAACUUGUCCAGAGAAGAGAAGAAGACCGAACGAUGUCCGCUGCUCUACGAAUGGCAUAAGAAGCAGUAUGUCGGAGCGGCACAUGGACUGGCAGGCAUCUACUGCAUGCUGAUGCAGCCCAUGGCUAAGGUUAAUCCUGAGAUUCUGACCGAGUUGCUGCGGCCAAGUAUAGAUUAUGUGCGGCAUAAGAAGUUCCGCUCGGGCAAUUACCCAUCGUCCCUCAGCAAUGAGACAGACAGACUGGUGCACUGGUGUCAUGGAGCGUCGGGCGUGGUUCACAUGCUCCUCAUGGCACACAAGGUGUUUAAGGACGAGAAGUAUCUGAAGGAUGCGGCUGAGUGUGGUGAUGUGAUUUGGCAGAGAGGUUUACUGCGCAAAGGCUACGGCAUCUGUCACGGCACCGCCGGCAACGGCUACGCGUUCCUCUCCCUGUACAAGCUCACACAGGAGCAGAAGUACCUAUACCGUGCCUGCAAGUUUGCAGAAUGGUGCCUAGACUACGGAACACACGGCUGCCGUAUUCCAGACCGACCGUAUUCCCUCUUCGAAGGAAUGGCUGGAGCGAUCCACUUCCUCUCCGAUCUCACCCAGCCAGAGGCUUCUUGCUUUCCCGCCUUUGAACUUUGACUUGGAUUUCUGGGUGCACUGACUUUUACUCUGAACAGUUCGGAGGUGGUGAAAGCUUUUCUUCCAGCACCAAACAGCACCACCGAUCUUGUGCAGAUGCAAAAAAAAAGAAAAAAGAAAACUCCCCACCUUCUGCCUAUUACUUUAAAACAAGCCACCCUGGGUUCUGUCACUGUAGCAUCAAAGUCUCUGUCUGUGGUGUUUUUAUAUUAUUUUUUUAUGUAAAUAUGAUGUUUGUUGAAAAUCAGUGCACUGAUUAAUGUUUUUGCUUUCUAGUCUCAGCAUUCAGUUUAAAAUUGGGUCUUUAUUCUGCAUGCUUAUGUUCUGAUUGCAUUGCAGUUCUUCACUUGACUAUGUCUUUGUCUCACGUGCUUCAGUCCUGUCUUUGUCGUGUAUGCAUGGGGAUGGUUUAAUCGAGAAUGUGUAUGCCUUAAAAAAAAAAGAUCGACAUCAGUAAUACCACUCAAACAUCCACAAUGUCUGUUUUUAAAAAGUGUGUAUAUGAGCUGGAGAACUCGAUGAAAGACCGUGAGAAAUUCGAUCCAAACCUUUCCAGUAAAUAUCACUUCAUGAGGCAGUGAUGUUAUGAAUGUUACAAUAAAUUGAACUCCUUCAACUAAA